UUUUACUUCGGGGGUGGCAAAUGUAUAAGGAGCGUCGUAAAUUGCAGGAUUCAUUUGAUCGUGGUCGAUAAUGUUGAUCGUGCCCUAAGACGAGGCACCUAGCCUGUACUAAUAAUAUUGGUGCUAUUGCACUGACCCCCGCUGGAUAUCCUGCCGUGUAACACUGCCAACACAAUAGCUCAACCACACGAAGUAACCAGGAGCUCAUCUCGGGAAGUGAUAACCCUCAAUCGAACAUUAUAGUACGAAUAAAUGGAGUUAAAUGUGCAAACCCGUUGGUAUGGAUGAGUUCCGAGAUAGAACUUGCCAAGGGAAGGGAAGCCCUUGCAACUGGAGGAUGGCCGAUUAAGGUUCAAACCUCACACGUCCCCUCUAAUCUAUUCCUACUACCACAGUCUGGGUCACCAAUUACAAGGCAAAUUAUGGAGUAUCGACUCUUCCAGACCAUGGUAUAUCGGAGAAUAUAUGAGGAAUUUGUUAAACCCCAGGCCACUCGGACAAUUUCGGUGGCAUCGUGAAGGUUCAAUGUAGGUACACAUGACUGGUUCUGGGUUGUCCAUAGCUUAAGAGAGAUUCAUUUCCAAAAGGUACGUAUGCGAUGUAUGUGCAAAAGUACAUCCAUCCAUCCUUCCAUACAUACAUAUAUACGCCUGUGUGUGCGUGAUGGUCUUAUUUUGAGUUUCAAAAAGAGUUCGUGCCUGGGUGACGAGUACGUGCAAGGUUGAGUUUGUUGGCUCAAACAGGGGUUCACCAUGGUAUGCUCAUCUUUGAUUAUGACCUCUUUCUCGGCUAGUCUUCAAGGAUUGGAUAGAUUGAUGGAGGUAUUGCCAACUCAUCAAGCUAAGAGAACUGGGGCAUUCCUAGUCCUCAAUUUCGCUUAUAUUAGUGCUUAAUUAAAACCUUUGCAGUUUGGCUCCUAACGUUCAGAGUCAGUCUAGAGUCGCAACUCCCCCAAUCGGGGAAAAAACGAAUCAUCCACCAUGGUAACGGGAAACGGGUGUAAAAUGGGAAAAUUAAUACGGGACUGCUAUACCCAGGGGAGCGUCAAUCCGGGAAAGACGAAGACCAAUCUUUGGUAACUCAAAG